CGCCUCCUCCUGUUCUUCAUCGGCCUCGCCUUGUCCUCUGCCGUCCACUCAACUCUUUCCUGGCAAGCGUUUCGCCACAACAGCCUCGCCCGACACCUCGAGCAGUCACUGGAAGCCACUAGAAGCCGACACCCACCGGCCGCCUCUACAUAUUGUCAUUGGCUUUGGGGCGAAUUGACGGAGCCUAUUGUGCAGGCGCCAUAGCUGCUCGCCAUGGAUGCGGAUAGACUUCACAAGAUCGAGGAGGAGCUUGUUACCCAGCUCAAGCUCAAAACAGCUGCCGAAAAACUCUUGGCCGCCGCCAACGAUCCAAAGACUGGCGGGUCCAUCAAUCGUCAGGAGGUCGAGGCCCAGUACAUCGCCGCCGAUGCGAAAUUCGAUGCUCUCGCUCGGAUGCUCGAUGAGCAUCGCCGCACCGUGUUUGAGAGGGAAAGCAAGGCACAUUCUGGUCGGCCGAACCAGGCUUCCGAAACAGACUUGUCACCGCCUUCGACGACCAUCAAGAAAGAGGAGAGAAAAGUGGUACUCUACAGCAGCUCGGAUUUGUUGGCCAAAAUCCGCGAUCCUCAGCAGAAAAGGGAGGUGCGUGUUGAUGCGGUCACAAGUUUGGUGAAGCUCAUGAAGAAGGUCGGUGAUAUUGAUCUCGCAACGAAUUUCCCACUUGAAGAGUCUGUUCGGAGCUUGAGGGCCUGUGUUUUGGAUCCCUCAAAGGAGCUUCGAAUGUAUGGCUAUCGGGCGCUGAGGCAUAUGACCACCGGGCUCCGCAUCAUCAAGCUCUUCUUCGAAUACCGGCUAGAUAUUUUCAUCGUCAGGAGCUUGACUCGCGACAUUCGGUUCGACGAGGAGCGCGUCCACGCCAUCAAGUUGAUUCGGUCCAUCAUCGAUGUCCCGGAAGGCGCGGAUUAUAUUCCGCAGAGCAUCGUUCGAAUUCUCGUCUCAAUUGUUGGUCAAGCAGAUGAGAGCUUUCGCAACGUUUGCCUUGAGACCCUGUGCGAGAUAGCAAUACGUAACGCCAAGAUUGUUACAUACUGCGGCGGAAUGAAGGCAAUAUGUCUGGCACUGGCUGAAGGACCAAAACAGCUCAAUGAUAUUGUCGUCAAAACUGUCCUCUAUUUGCUGGAUCGGCCGUCGACGAGAAAGUAUGUUCGAUUGUCCACCGAAGCCGAGGUCAUCGUGUCCUGUUUUAUGGAUGCCUUCUCGAUGGGCAUCCAGACUCAAGAGGAUCGAUUGGCGGCCUCAUCCAUGUCAAUCAUCAAGCUUCUCAAGUCGUGGACCGGACUCAUUUAUCUUUGCACAAAUAACAAGCUGGCGAUCCGGUCGAUCGUGAAUGCACUACAAAUGCCAAUGGACGACAUUCGGAAGCUGGUAUUGGAUAUGUUGUUUGAUAUCUUUAGGGUCGAUAUUCCGCAGUGGUUUCCGGAAUAUGUUGCAUCUCGCAAGCACCCAGGCCAGUUCCCUGUCGCUCUUGAUCGACCCCCAAGGCAAGCUGAGGUCGCCGAGACGAGCCAGGAUGAAUCCAAUCUAGUGGACAUGUACAUGACCAUGCUCUUGACUGCUUUCAUUGAAGUCGGCGUUCUAGAGGCGCUGAUCGAAGUCAUCAAGUCCUCAGCUGGAAAGGCCAUCUCGACACGGGCAACGAUUCUCAUCGGCCAGAUCCUGGCCCUCGCUCAUCGGCUGUUACCAGCUUCGGUUGCAAUCAGGAUUCAAUCCCUGUCGUCGCUCUUCCAGGUGGCCUCUGAUUUUGGGGAUGAGAAACAGCGAUAUCGUGCAACUCUGGCCCUCUCGCAUAUGGACAGAUUUCUACAGAACAAAGACAAGUUGCUGAAUAUGUCUGAGGACUCGCGCAGGAGCCACCACGAAGAAUAUGGCGCAGCUUCGUCACGUCAGUUGGAAGACAUGCGCACAAAAAUGGGUCUCUUCAUGGAUGAUGCACACUUUCGUAAUCUUUUAAACGAGUCCGAGGUGAUUGGGACGAAAGAGUAUCCUCAGUGGAACUGGGAUGCAAUUUCGCAGCUCAUCCAAGGCCCGCUCAAGAAUCUUCGCCGACUAGACGACACGAUCAAAAACACAAAGUUUGUCAGAAGACUCCUUGCCUUCUUCCGUCCCAGCACACAUCAAUUUUCGGAUAUCAAAAAGAGCAAGGGGUCGCAAAAGUUUUCGUCAAUUGCAAGUGACGUGCUUAUUUUACUCUUGCAAACAACCGAAGGACAACGAGCCUUAAUGGAGUCCAGAAUUCUUCAAGAGAUCGUCGAGUCUGUAAGACUCCUUGAUCCGGGCAACGGGCAAUUGUUUGCAGAUUCCCUCUUUGGAAAGGAUCGAAUGGAAAAGUCACUCACGCCAGAGUACAUCAACAUGCUGGGGGUGCUGAUGAAGCAUUCCGGUGGCAUAGGACUCCUCGAACGCUUUCGAGUCUUCACGGUACUCUACAAAAUCACCGAGCUCCGUGGCCGAGAAGAUUUGGUCAAGCUGAUGCUUAGCAAUAUGAACUACGAUGUCGAAGGGCAUCCUCGGAUCAUUCUCUCAAAGGUCCUCACAUCCGGAAACAAGGAAAUGCGACUUUAUGCAACGGAGCUGCUGUGCAACCUACUACGCGACGGCGCCGAGGGAUUCUCCGACUGGGGCGUCCGCUUGAUGGUCCCACAGAUAUACGAUCCAUCAGUCGAUAUUCGUGAGAAGACAUCUGUGGCCCUCAAACUUGCGUGUGAACAAGCAAACAGUCUGGAGACAGUGAUAGAGCUGAAGCCAAAGUUGGAGCUGUUGGAAGCCAAUGCUGAGCCGAUACUAUUGAGAGUCCUGGGUGUGUCGUCUGGCUUUAGCUACCUGCACCAGCUUGGAUACGUUCAACAGAAAAUUACGGAAUGGUUUGAGUUCAAGAACAUGAGUUAUGUUGUCAGCGUGGAAUUAUCACUCGACCGCACGCUUCAUCGCUGUCAAGUUCAAGCAGAGUCGACGAAUGAAAACUCCAUGGAAAAUGUCGAUGCAAGAGCACAACUCCAUUUUUAUGGUCAACUCACUAAAACUGAGGAGGGAACUCGACAUCUCCGAGAGACGGGACACUUUGAUGUCCUUGCAAACUAUGUGCGAAAAUUUGGUCUUGUGCCAGAUCUCGAUAGCAAUCAUUUGAUAAGGUUGAAGGCCGCUCUCUGGGCAGUGGGCAACAUUGGCUCGACCAAAUAUGGUCUUGAACUACUUCAAGAAGCUCAAAUCAUACAGCAUAUCACAAAAAUAGCGGAAGAGUCGCCAAUCCUGUCUUUGAAAGGAACGGCCUACUUUGUUAUUGGCCUUAUUUCGAAGACGGCCAACGGUGCUGAAUCUCUGCUGCACUGCCAGUGGGAGACAGUCAACUCGACCUUUGGACGCAUCAAAUCAGAGUCAUGCAUCCCAUCGGAUCCCAGUCGGUUUCUACAGAUUCCAGUGGACAAAUACGAAGGCUCGUGGGCAAUGCAUUUGGUUCAGUCGAUACAGCCAUCUUACGCACUGGAUGACCUUGAGGAGGAGGUUAUUCGGCACAUUGGAAACAUGAGCAACCACAUUCACAGCUAUGGCAGCGGAAUGACAUCGACCAAAGUUCUGUCACGGAUGUUUGGAGAGGCCCCAGAGUAUUUCCAGAAGCCGGAACUUUAUCUGGAGGUAUUCAAACUUCAAAGUCUGUACCACUAUCGCCUCGCGCCACGGCGGUUCUUUCAGGACCUAUUCGAGCGUGUUGUCUUCGAGAACGACGCACUUGACUAUAUAGAUACGCGAUUUGAAAUCGAAUACGACAAGCGAGAGAGUGGGGGCUACUUCAACAAAACAACAUACGAAGCCGAGAAAGAAGAAGUUGAAUCUGUACGUGAGCACGCUCGAAUCGCCUAUGCUCCGACAACAGCGACAGCAUAGCAGUUCGUAUGAGGACUUGGGGAUGAUGCAUCCCUAUGGAAUAAACGGAAAUCAGCGUCACAGGGCAAGAAUUUGGUGGGUACGG